UUUUGAAAUUGAGUCAAAUCGCUCACAUGAAGCCGUAGAGCGGUGAACUGAACGGGGGUUCUUAGCUAAAUUUAACCUUAAUUCUUUAUUAUUUAGAAAUGUCUUAAAGGCCAGCUCCGUGAUGAACACGUUCCUGACUUUUUAAGGAACCAUUAUUGGGAGGGGGGGGAUGCGUAGCUGGAGGUGGUAUUUCUCCCGGGUCAUGCACCUCUCCCUGCGCUGGUUCCGGCUGUGUCCUCGGCGGAGGCGGCCCAAGCGGCCCGGAAGAGUCCGGGAUCUGUGGAACUACGGAAAAGUCGUCCUCAACUCCCUCUACUUCAACACCCUCUCCAACUGGGACACGGUGCUCGACUCCAUGUUCGAGCCCGUUUACUGGCUGGUGGAUAACCUGACCCGCUGGUUCGGGGUGGUGUUUGUGUGCCUGGUGAUUGCCCUCACCAGCUCUGUGGUGGUGAUAGUGUAUCUCUGCGUGAUCCCGCUGAUCAUAGAGACCUACCCCGCUCACUGGAUCCUCUGGCACCUCUGUUACGGCCACUGGAACCUCGUAAUGGUGGUCUUUCACUAUUACAAAGCCUCUACAACCUCACCCGGAUACCCACCACAGGAGAAGAGUGAUAUUCCAACAGUGACCAUCUGUAAGAAAUGUAUUGUUCCCAAACCGGCCAGAACACACCACUGCAGCAUCUGCAACACGUGUGUUUUGAAAAUGGACCAUCAUUGUCCCUGGCUAAAUAACUGCGUGGGCCACUUUAACCAUCGCUACUUCUUCUCCUUCUGCCUCUAUAUGACCAUGGGCUGCAUCUACUGCAGCAUCAGCGCCAAAGACAUGUUCCUGGAUGCUUAUAAUGCCAUCGAGAGCUACUAUCAGACUCCUCCUCCUCCGUUUACGUCUCACGAGAGGUUGUUUCAUAAGAGCCUUCUUUACCUGUGGGUUCUUACCAGCUCGGUGGCGAUGGCUUUGGGAGCCCUGACCAUCUGGCACGCCGUGCUGAUCACCAGAGGAGAGACCAGCGUGGAGAGACACAUCAACCGUAAAGAGAGAAGACGACUGAGAGAGAGGGGCAAGGUGUUCCGGAAUCCAUAUCACAACGGGAGAAUAAACAACUGGAAAAUCCUGUUUGGUGUAGAGAAGAGCAGUCACUGGUUAACACGGGUGCUCUUACCGUCCAACCAUCCACCUCAUGGAGAUGGGAUCACCUGGGACAGUCCUCCACACAGAAAGGAGCCUGAGGCAAUAUGAACUUUGAGUCAGAUAAGACGGACCCACAUUUAAGUCCCGCCCUCCACGGGCAGUCGCCGCACUGCAGGCCGAGGAGAGUGAAUCCGAACUACUGCGACGCUGUGGUGGCUACGUUCACAUUACAAACAUUAAUUCAGAUUAUUAUUUUGCUUAGAUCAAUUCUCUCACCCUGCCUAAAUAUUUCCAAGAGUGAUCUUUCCCUAUAUUACCCAGCAUGCAUUAGAAAAAAUACGGAAAUACAUAAUACUACCACUAGUAACCCUCGAAACAGCGAUCAGAUAGAAGGUGGGGGGGAUGGGGGGCAGCAUACAUCAUCAGAGGGUGUAUAAAAUGGAAAAUCACAUGCAAUCACAGUGUCUCUUUAACCCAUAAGAGCCCAGACCCAUUUCUGAAUAUUUAUACCAAUUUCAAAACUGAAUCAAAUAUAUUCUAAUUAAUUGAGUAGCUUAUUGCAGAAACAUGAAUGUAAAUAUUUUAAGAUUAAAAUCUUGAUGUAACAUAAAUAUGACAACAGCAAUUUCUUAACUAUUAUUAAAAUCUGUUCUAGAAUUUAGGUCAGAACUAGUUGUAGGGAACUGAAAACAUUAAUUUAAGCAUUUGAACUAUUAAAUUUACAUUUACAGCAUUUAGCUGACACUCUUAUCCAGAGUGACUUACAAGGUUUUUCCUAUUACAGAGUUGUUAAGAGUUUUGCCCAGGCACUUUUAUUUGUGUAGCCCAACAUUCAGUCUCCCAAAACGGGAAUUAAACUGCAGUCUCCCACGCAAUGUGAUGGCAAGUAAUGGUGUUAUCCACUGCGCCACCACACCAAACACAUAAAUGGUUAAAUCAAAGCAGUAGAAGCAAAUAAUAAACUAGUUUAGUUUUAUCUCCGGCACUAUUCCUAAUGCAUUCCUACAUUCUGUAAAUAAAGGCAGAUAAAGGAACACAGGCAGAUUUACACACUGUCCUGUAGUGAUGCUCUCAGGAUGUUUAGUAUGUGUCAUUUAGGGACUUUAUGAGUUAAAGUGAAGUGCUGUAAAAAACUUUACACAGCUUUUAAAGGGUCUGUGACACACAUCACCAUGGGCUCUUCUGGGUUAAAAAUCACAUAACUGAUUAAUUAUACUGACAUGCCAUAUGUCACGGGACAUCUAGAAAUCUGCCACAUCACAUGGAAUUUAAACAAUGCUGCACUGAUCUGUGGGAUAUGUCUAUGGGCCUCCUGCAUUGAAUUUGUAUGUUUAUGAUAUCUGCCGUAGUCUAUUGUCUGUUCAGAAGACAAUUCUAGCCAGACACCGCCUGGUAUGAUCAUUACCACCCACUGCAGUACUGUAUACUGUUCACUGUGGGUGGUAAUAAUGCCUUCUGUGACGUAUUCACAGUUCAAAUGUGAUACUGUUGAUCGGGAAAUGUUAAAUACCCACACAGCUUCAGAAAUAGAACUUCCUCCCAUCUGGCUCCUACAAUUUGCCUUGUCGUGAGCAUGCUGGCCAGUGUUUAACCUCACUCACAACGUAUACAGGUGUGUUCAUUCCCAAGGUGUCCCUAAAUGUAUAACACAUGUUCGAGAUCAAUUGACAUAAUGCUAUCUGGAUCAGGCUACACAUACCGUAAAAGACGUGGCUCGGAUCUGAUUUGCUCCCAUUGGUCUGGUUUCCAGAAAAAGGAUUAAAGCCCAGUCAGAGCAGAAAUAUCAGUUUUGCACCUGCAGCCUGAUAAUGUGAACAUAGCCUCUGGUGUCAGCCUCGUCAUGUGGAGAAGCUGUUUUUAUGUGUUUUGUACCAUAAUGUGUGUGUGUGUGUGUGUUUGUGUGUGAUUUAGGCGUUUAAGUGACUACUGUGACAGAAGUGAGCGAGUACCGAGUUCAGAAGCUGCACUUGGUGCCAAAGAGCUUUCAAAGACUCUUCUGUGAGAACUGUGUGAAAGUGGUUAGAUCUUUGCUAUUUAUGAAAAAUGUGCAUAUUUUAUUGGGUACUGGAAUGUCCAGCAAUUUCCUAAAGGAGGUCCAUGCAUUUCACUAUAACAAAACAAAACAAAAAAAAAGUAGUUGCAUCCAGAAGAAAGUGUAUUUUUGCAAUGCUGUUUGGAAGGAGGAUUAGGAAGAAGGUUAUCAGAAAUUGAUUAAUUGAUUUUGGUGUUAAGGGCGGCUAUUGUAAUAGUCUGUGUGCAUGCAGCCGUCUGCCAAUGGUGCAGGCACUGUUUUGUAGCAAAGAGCAUCUAUGCUUGCUGUUGCAUCUCUCCAUGCAUGGUGGACAAUUUAAGACCAUUCCUCGCUACGAUACGACCCCUCGCAAGCUCUUCCAACAGCUCAAAUUGCUUUUAAACUGUUCUCAGAGGCAGGCUUUGCUUGCAAAGGAUGCUACCAACAUAAGAGCACCAGGAAUCAACCCUAUAUAUAUAGUCAGUAAGGUACAGCUGCUUAUGUCACAUGACCAUCUGAGCGUGAAACCUGAAUAAUUUGCAUUUCUCAUAAUGUCAAAUCUACCUACCAAAUUUCAUUCCUGUUGGUUGAUUCCUUCUGGGUGCAACUAUUUUAUUUUAUUUUUUUAACAUGAUGUGUGUAAAAUCACGCAGCUUUCUAAACAUACGGCUCCAUUAGCAUGCUAAAGAUGCUAAUGCUCUGGGUUUUUUUUUUUCCCAGUUGUGCCUUUAAACAUAUAUGAAAUCUCAUGCAAAUUUGUGCACAAGACUCCCAGGCCGAGUCUGGAUUCUUCACAGCUAAACUGACCAUUAUAUCAUUAAAAAAACUGCAGUACAGAUCAACCAGAGUUGUGCUGCCUUCCAUCUGAGUUCUGAUGUUCAAAAUUCAAGAUGGCUGCUCUGCACAUCAACAGUGGUUAAAGCAGUAGUAUUAUUGAGUUUAUUAUACAGCACAUCUAUCUAUUAGUGUCAUAAUCAGUCGUAAACACAGUACUCACCAACUUUCCAAUUGUUAUCAUUGCCCCAGGUUAGCAGUACUAGUUAUUAACAGUGCAUUGUGUUGUAUUUUGCCCAUUCAAACACCAUGGAAUCAUGUCCACGAAUAGAGGUUGGACAUUACUGGUCAGUGUAAUAUUCAGCAGUUUAAUUUUCUGAUCAUAUUAAGCUAAAUUCAAGAAUAGAAAAUAUAGGUAUAGGUAUAAAACUUAAUUAUUUAGUUUUUCAUUCAUUAUAGUGGAAAAACAAAUUUUCAAUUAUUUAGUUUUUUUAUUCUAGCCUUUCGCAAACAGAAUCUUGUAACACAAAUCUAAUGAUGUAAUCCAACUUGCAAAAUGCAAAAAAAAAAAUCAAAAAAAGAAAAGUGGAGUUGGGGUAAAAUCCUCCCUCUAAGAAUUGGGACAACACUUCAGGCACAUGAUACAGAUAUUUAUAUAUAUACACACACAACUUAAUUCCUCUGUGAUUGGGAGCUAAAAUUAGCAUUCCACCUUAAAUACUGUACUCGCUGUCAUCUUUUACUCUAUUUAAGGUGGAACAGGAAGGAUUGCUAGCUAGACUUUUUUUAUUUAAUUUUUUGCUUCUUAUGAAGAAACAGUCAAUAAAACAUUUACACUACAUGUUAAACAAUGGUAAUAUAGCUAGUGGUUCCCAUCAUUUUAACAAUGAAAAUAAUGAUAUUUUUGGUCGCUUGUGCCAGUGCUUCUUAUAAUCCUCUGUUUUGAGUGUGCCUCUAAAACAAAAAUCUCAGUUUAAAGGAUCAAGUAGCCCCAACACUUCCCCUAACCUACCCCUGCAGCCUAACAAGAAUCUGGGCACCCUUACCCCUAGGCAUGAACAUGCAUGGAUAAGUGGUAGGGCCAAGGGGUAAAAUGGGAUUGAGCCUUGAUGUGAGGCAGCCAUCUUGGAUUUUAAACUUUGGGUUAACGUGAUUCCCAGAUAAAAAGCAUUCCAGUUAAAAUGUCCUUCCUGGAACUAGCAAAUUCCCACAGCCAAGCAAUAUAAGUUAACUUGAGCGUGACGUCAUUAGAAACUGCAACAUUCGACAACAAGAUACAAGGUAAACAGUACGCAGCAUAACAAUGACCUGUCUGGUUGAGGAUAACACCUCUUUAGCCUAUUCCAACAUCCUCCACAUUCAUUUUGACCAGUGAUUGAUAAGGACAAAUAAAUCAGCGCUGCUAAAACACUGAUGCACAAAAGGAGAACGCAGCAUGCUAGCAAUAACUACCACCAUGACGGUACAAGAUACAGGAGCUGUGCUCCAGAUGAUGAUGUGCAUAUUUCUACAUUUACUUUUUAUACAAUAAAUAAGCUUUUAAAUAAAUGCA